GUGAACGUACAGUGAUGUUAUAGGAAGGGCUUGGUAUGUAGAAAAUCAGCUAAUGAGAAUAUGGGGCGUAUGGGUAGUGUGGUAAACGAACACAAAAAAGUGCUUUGUAUGCAUUUAGGCCAGAAAUGUAAAAACAACGCUUGUCACAAUGUAUUACUCUAAGCGACAUUCUAAUUGUUGAGCAGUGUGUCUACCAACAUUGAGCAUUGAGCCAAUGAGGAGAAAACAAUUCUUACUGACCGAAGGUGGUGGUGAGCGGUCGAAAAAUAUGGUGGCAACAGUUCGACGAUUAUAUACCAGUAUUUGAGCCCUUUUAGAAAGUAGGAGAUCGUGGGCGGCCGUCGUGUCACACAGGGGGCGGCUAGAGGACCAACUGUCCGCCGCUGAAUCAGCCAGUUACGACGUGUAGACAUCAACCUGUUAUUAUUUCACCUAUAACGACCGAGGAGGCGUAAAGGAGUAUGGUUACAGGCACACAUUUUUGCACUCGUACCAACAUCUUCCGGAUUUCUACCUAUUGAUUUGUCCUGCGGUCACCAAGGAUCCAUCGUGAGCCAACAUGGAGAAAGUGGAGGAAAUCAAAUACAAGGUGAUGGAGUUAAUCAACAAGAAGAAGGAGUUGAAAAUUCCUAAGAUGGGCUUCACCAAUUACUACGCGUAUCAACAGCGGGAACAACAGGCUGCGAUGCGGUCGACGCUGACAACCGGGCCAAUGUCUACGGAUGCUUCUAAAGUGUAUGGUUGGGCACACGACCUGGCUGGAGACAAACAAGACUCUGGAUUGCCAGAGAAGCUGUCAGAUCAAGAGCUUCUGGAAUCUACAGAGGCAAUCUACUUUGAGCCGGGUAGAAACAGUGGACUGCACGAACUUCGGAGGCUAUCGGAGGACGGACAGUUACUCGAUCAGCAAAGCGUUGAGCAGCGAAUGAGUGUAUUGAAGCGCCAGCACCGGGUAAUUUCGAAAAGGGUGCUGCAGCUAAUUUUGGAGCAGCGAGCUGCGUGCGACGAGGAGUUCCGACAGAUACGCGACACGGAGCGGAUGCUCCAGAGUACGACGGUGACUUGUCGAGCGGUACGCCUGAAGCUCGACACAUCGAAAAUGUUGCUUACAACGACGAAUCUCGAAAUAUUGGCAGCGUACCGGAAACGCCAGACUUUAGUGAACCUGUUGCGUACGUUAAACGCCCUUCGCAGCAUGCGCUCGAUCGACCAGCGAUUGCAACGGCGCCUGGUAGAUGCAGACUACGGCGGAGCCAUUGCGAUUCUACUCGAAAAUAAGAACCUGUCGCAACGAUUUCACCAGUACCGGUGCGUCGAAUCGCUGGCCCAUAAACUACAGGACACGUUAAUGUUGACCGAGCUGCAACUCGAGAGCGUGUUGAGCGAGCUGCCCUCGGAGUUUGAGCCAAAGCGCUAUCAAAAGCUGCAAGAAGCCUACACAUUGCUCGGAAAGCAGCUGAUCGCGAUGGACCAGCUGCACAUGAACUUCGUAUCCUCAGUGCACACGGCCGCCUUUACCGUGUUGCGUCAGCACAUGGACGUGAAUGUGGAGGAGAGCAAGAAGCUAACAUACGAGCAGCUUUGUGAAUGCGUGCCCGUCGACAAGCAGGUGCACUGUCUGACGGCACUGUGUCGAGCAUUCUGGAAAAUACUGGUGUCUUACUAUCAGAUUCGCUGCUGGCACCAGAAUAGUGGUAUGUGCGAGAAAGAGCUACCAGCUGUAACGGCAGUUAGCGAACCGGAGCUCGCCUUCCAACAAGAAUACAUCCGGCAAAAGCUGGAAAGUGGGCAGUUUCGUUUGUGGAACGACGUUCAAGGGAAGGUGUGCACCUAUAUCGGAACGGGCCGAUUGCACGCGCUAAAGUAUGAUCAGUUUGUGCAAAUUCUGGCUAUAGUGCAACGGUUGAAAAAGGUUGGUCUUGAGUUCUGUGAUAGUGGUUCGGAAAGACUGCUCGCCGCGAUACAUGCACAGAGCAGCGAGUUCUUCAAGCGCUACCACACCGCAUGCCUCGAGGAGAUUUGUCUAUUUUUCGACCACGAGGUGUGGGUGCCGAUCGGCAGCUUCCAUGAUGUGACGCAGCUGCAGGAGUAUCGAAACUUUCGGCAUGCCCUUCUAUGUCAUGCGACCCGUAUGGGGGCGGAUCAGCGACCAGUUAUGCGGGGUAGCCCGGGAGCGGUAACCGCGAAGUCCGGACGGUUGGAAGUGGACACGAUUCCAGACAGUGCUUCGUCGCUACACUCGCAGGACGAAAGCUCCCUGUACGGCUCGUGUGGUUACUUUUUACGCUUCACUGAGAAAAGUUCUCCAUUCGACGGUGGGUUCGACUGUACCAUGCUUGAAGAAGACAUUCUGGCGGGCAUUGCGGACGAGUCAUCGUACUACUUUUCGGAGGAUAGCAGCGACACCAACGAGCUACCAACGCCCCAUUCGCCUACGACCACGGUUGGCACUGCUCAUGUAGUGGGUUCCGCGCCGCCCACGGUGGUGGUUAACACAUCGCUCACGGUGCUUCGCUGCAUAGGCCGAUAUCUGUACUUCUGCAAGCUACUGCACGCAAUCGCCCCACACAUAGUACGGUCAAUGACUGAACUGAUCGAUUAUUAUAUCUAUGCUGUUCAUGAGCUCUUUUCGGCCGACCUACCAGUACCACGGGACAAUCUCUACACUGAUCGGUUGCGCCAGUCGUUGCAGCGUAUUGAGCUCGAGCUGUUAUCCAAACUGCGGCGUCACAAUCGCAGUGCUCCGCUGGCGGAUGAAAUGGUUCGGUCGGAUUUCCUCAACCCGGAAUCACUUUACGGCUUAUACAAGCGGACCGUUGCAACCGAGAGUUGCAUCACGCUCAUUGGACAAUUCCGUCAGAUGGAGACUUAUCUUUGUGGUCUGUUGGGGUUAUCGGUUGGUGACGGUAGCGCGCAACCGACGGAUGGUUGGAGCGCCAGUUGUGUACGUGACUACAUUUCCCGGACCAGCGAUUACAUGCAUGACCUGCGCAAACCGAUUUUCAUGUGUUCGACAGCUCGUGUAAUUGAUUUGCAGGGUGUCCUGCAGGCUAUAGCGAAAGUCAAGUGGGAUGUGAAUCACGUGAACGUUCAACACUCUGCCUACAUCGACAUCAUCAAUCGGGGUGUACAGUACUUUGCCAUGAAAUUGGAGGACGAAGCGACGCCAGUGCUGUUACCUCGCGAUUCACUCUGGGACAGUUUUGUACACGUCCUGUCGCAUUUGCUCGUCGAAGGAUUCUCGAAUGUAAAAAAGUGCUCCGCAGGUGGACGGGCUCUGAUGCAACUAGAUUUUACGCACUUUUGGUCGUUGCUAGAGAUCGUGUCCGGCGGUAAGCACCCAGACCACAGAGCCUACGUAGAACAGUACGUGAAAGCCUACUAUCUGCCAAAGGAUUUGCUGGAGCAGUGGCUACUACAAUCGCGCGGUUACUCGGCAAAGCAUCUGACAGGAUUGGUGCAGUGUGCAUGCAGUAGCGACAAGAAAACACGCCAGCGUCUGAUCUCCUUGGUUGAAUCUAUGGACGGCCAAGGGCAAGCCGGAAAUACAACCGGAAGCACUAACUCGCCGACACCGGCAUAGAGAAUUUUCUCCUUCAAGAAAGCGGAAAGUGAAAUACUGAAGGAGGUUUUGUUUUAUUUCUUAGAAGAAGCGGCUGGGCCGUAUUUAUUGAAGGAGGGCUUUGUUACCCUUAAUUUUAGUUCUCAAGCAAUGUAUGAUGCUCGUACAUUGCUCCAAAAUCCAAAUCUCAAAUCUCGACCAUCAAGAAGGUCGUCCAGACAGGUUAUCGUUGAUUUGUGAUUUAUUUCGUACUCAUGUUUUUCGCUCUGAUAAAAGUUGCUUUAAGAGUAAUUCUCCGUUAUGUUUCUAUACAACGUGACACAUUAUUAUAUAAUUUUAUAUGGUUUAAAUCUCUAUUUGAAGACCGUUGUACCAAUAAUUUAUCAUUUAUUUGUAAUCUGUUUUGUUUUUGUUUUCUCCACUCCCAUACAUGGGCUUAGAAAAUUCUCUUCGUAACGUUUCUAUGCAACGUAACUAAAUUAGAUUCAUUGAUUAGUACUAGUUAUGGAAAGUUUUCAAAUGUGUAAUACACAUAGGCACUAUCCGUGUUUAGAGACGAAAAAAAUGUUAUAUUCCAUUCCCAUCAUAAAGAUAUGUCGCAAAUAUUUUUAAAUGCCCCAUCCCUGAACACUUUUCAGUUAGUUUGUUUAUUAUCUGUCUUUAAUUGUUAUAGCUUUAGUAUUCCAAAUCCAAUAAAUAGAUCAAAUGUAAUGUUAGCAAAACAUACUAGAAACA